AGGUCGAUAAGAAACGAAUGGUCUUUAACGAAAUUGAACCAGCCUUCCGACUCGGGUAGUACGAUAGACGAAUCGAUAUUACCGACUAUUACACAUGCAUUCGAAAAACAAGUCAAACACGAAUACGUCCGAGUAAAUUCCUUUAUUCUCGAACGACAUGCGCGUCAAAAGUGCGAAUCGAAAGGAAUUUUAAAGUCGGUCGAGUGAGCAGACCGUAGUAAAUCCGAGUACAAUCGCUGGAUGUAACUUGCUGGAAAGCGCAAUGAUGCCGUGCUGCGUGAAGCAUUUGGAAGUGGAAUUGGACAGACGGAGACGGAGAAAGAUGGAACCACGCGUUAUGGCUGACGAAAUCGAACGAAAGUUGGUGAAACAGGUGAAGAAACAAGGAGAGCUCGUACGAACAUUGAAAGCUGCUAAAGCCAAUGAUACGCAGGACUCGACAACUUUCUCGAAUUUAGAAGCGCAAUUAGAAAGCAUUAACGAUGAUUUCGCGAAUGUGAGUUAUGUGAGUGGUUGGACUCCUACCACGAAAGAUACGAUAUUUUUCGAUUUCUGUGUCAUCUUUAUUCAUGAUCGGCUCUCCAAGUGGCCGCAUUUGAAAAGAUGGUUCGCAAACGUUCAAAGCUUCGAUGAAAUUGAACGUAACGCGUUUCCCGAACCGAAAGGGCCAGUUACUUCUCUGAUGGAGAAGGUUGAUUGCAUAAGCAAACUUUAUUUCUCCAAUCGAAAUGCGAUUGAUCAAAAGGUUGCAGAGGAAAUUAGCAAAUUAUUGGAACUGAAAGCUCAACUGGGGGACAAGAAUGGAACACCUUCCAAGCUACUCCUUAAAACUCCUAAAGGUACAAGAGAUUAUGGACCUGAGCAAAUGGCACUACGUCUUGCGGUAUUGGAUAAAAUAGUUACAGUGUUCAAAAGGCACGGUGCAGAAACUAUAGAUACUCCAGUAUUUGAACUGAAAGAAGUGUUGACAGGAAAAUAUGGAGAGGAUUCGAAGCUGAUCUAUGAUCUGAAAGAUCAAGGUGGAGAGAUUUUAUCUCUUAGAUAUGAUUUAACUGUACCUUUUGCUAGAUAUCUGGCAAUGGGUAAAAUCUCUUCUAUAAAGAGGUUUCAUAUAGCAAAAGUUUAUCGAAGAGACAAUCCAGCCACAACGAAGGGCAGAUACAGAGAAUUUUAUCAAUGUGAUUUUGACAUCGCUGGACAGUACGAUCCUAUGUUACCAGACGCGGAGUGUAUUCGUAUUAUUUCUGAGGCAUUGCAAUCUUUAGAUGUAGGACCUUAUAUGAUUAAACUGAAUCACAGGUCAUUAUUAGAUGGUAUAUUGGCUGCCUGUGGUGUUCCAAAUAAUAAAUUUCGCUCUGUAUGUUCUUCUAUUGACAAACUGGAUAAAAAUCCAUGGUUGGAAGUGAAACAGGAGAUAAUGGAAGAGAAAGGCCUGGAGGAGUCCAGUGUGGACAAAAUUGGCACUUAUGUGUCGCUAUCUGGUGGUGUGGAACUAAUAUCUAAAUUAAGGGAAGAUGUCGAAUUAAUGAAAUAUGAGGCCGCAGUGAGAGGUCUUGAAUCUAUGGAAUUAUUGUUCAAGUAUUGCAACAUAUUACAAGUGAUGGACAAAAUAACGUUUGAUCUUAGUCUUGCUAGGGGACUCGAUUAUUAUACUGGUGUAAUCUUCGAAGCGGUAUUGACCGGCGGCGAGGUUACUGUUGGCAGUGUCGCGGGCGGUGGCCGUUACGACAACUUAGUAGGAAUGUUCGAUAACAAAAAGAAAUCAAUUCCUUGUGUCGGACUGUCGUUAGGUGUGGAACGGAUUUUUAACGUUCUAGAGACAAAACUGAAUCGCGAAGGUGUAAAAACGCGAACUACCGAAAUUGAAGUAUUCGUAGCGACUGCACAGAAGAAUUUACACGAAGAAAGAAUGAAAAUUUUAUCGAUCCUUUGGGAUGCUGGAGUAAAAGCUGAACAUUCUUAUAAAAGAAAUGUGAAAUUGCUUGCGCAGUUACACCACUGCGAAGAAAGUGGGAUACCGUUAGCUAUAAUAAUUGGCGAAGGAGAAUUAGCGAGAGGAGAAGUUACAUUGCGAGACAUUGCGUCUCGUGCAGAGGUUUCGAUCUCGCGAACACAUUUAAUCGAUGAGAUAAGGAGAAGAUUAUAGAAAUAUGUAACGAAUUACUUUCGGAUGCGUAAUUUGCUAAUUUAUAUAGUUAAAUAGAAUCAUACCAAACAGCGAUUAUUUUAUGUUUUCGUAACGUUACGCAUAGUCACACCUUUUAUUCGUAUAUUGCACGAAAGCUUCCUUCAAGCUAAGCUAAGCUAAGCUAAACACGGAAGAAAGGAAGAAAGUACUGCGUUCCUGUGUAAUUUAAAUUAUACAUAAUUUAUUGUACCGAAAAUGUCGAAUAAAAUUCGUACCGUUUCAGGAAACAUGUAAUAUUUCCAUGUGAUCCGCGAGAAAACACGUGGUAACUCGAG